AUGGCCUCAGGAGAUGACCCCCGACCAGGAGGCGCCCCGGACACAGGUUGUAAGGUCACCGAGAUAGGCUGCUUCGACCCAGACCACGAAACUCAAACGAGCAUCAAAUCUGUGAACCACAUAAACCACUACACCAACCACCUGUAUUAUGGGUCAACCACAUGCGGGACAUGCAAGGGCUCAAAUCCGAAGAGGUCCUCCUAUCCCGUCUGA